AUGAAGAGUCUCAAGGCCAAGUUUAAAAAGAAUGAGAAUCAGGACUGGAGCAAGAGUGAUGAGAGGCUCCUCCAGGCCGUGGAGCAAAACGAAGCAGAGAAAAUGUCCGCCCUCAUCCUUAAAAAGGGUCUCUCCCCCACCAAGUUGGAUGCUGAGGGCAAGUCAGCCUUCCAUUUGUGUGUAUCUCGAGGGCACGUCGACUGUCUGGAGGUCAUCAUUGCUCACGGAGCUGACCUCAAUGUCACAGAUGGUGCCGGCUUUGGAGCCCUUCACCUUGCAGCCAAAAAUGGACAAGCAGAGUGUUUAAAAAGACUUUUACAGGAGAGACUGGAAGUUGAUUGCACAGACGCCAUUGGGAGGACGCCUCUCCAUCACGCAGCUGUCAGUGGCUGCGUAUCAUGCACCGAGAUCCUUUGGGACUUUAAAGCUGAUCUUGAUGUCCAGGAUGGGGAUGGAACCACCGCCUUAAUUCUGGCAGCGCAGAUGAGUCGAGUGGAGCUGUGUAUCUUUCUGCUUGGUCGAGGUGCCAACGCAAACAUUCAGGACAACCAGGGGAGGACUGCUUUAAUGCUAGCCUGCGAGAGUGACAGCGCUGAGACAGUGGCUGCUCUGCUGAGGGGUGGGGCCAACACGCAGCUGGUAGAUGGCCUAGGAAACAAGGCAGACGACUACUGUUCUGAUAACCAUCACAUUGGGCACAUGUUGCAAAAUGGAGCACCUCCUGGUAUGGGAUUGCCACCCACCCCUCAUCCACGAAGUCCUGCUCCCACUGUUCAUUCGCCCGAACCCCCUGCUCAAUCGCCCUCUCCUCGGCCCACAGGCUCAUCUCCUUCAGCUCAGGUGGAAGAUGAGGAGGUGUUUGAAGAGAUUCGGCGGCUACGUCUUGAGCGAGGCCGUCUCCUCCAGAAAAUAAAAUCCUUGGAGCAGCAGCAACAGAGUGCCCUCUCUGCCUUGGAGGAGCUUUCCCAACUGAAACGGCGCCUAAAGGAGGCAGAGGCUGAGAGGGACAAGUUAAUCGGAGAGCUUAAGGGAGUUAAUGGUGUCGGGGCAAGUGACUCUGAGGAUAUGGAAGAAAUGUUUGACUUCCCAGAGAAGUUGCUUUCCAAGCGUUCCAGAGCCUCAACUGCAGGUGAUGAGGCCUUCUCUGAUGCAGAAUCAUCCAGCCCAACUCCUGCACUUGCCAACCGGGGAACUGUGGAAGAAUUACACCAGAAAAUAGAGGAGCUUACGUCAGAGAAUGCUGAGCUGGUUCUCAAAGUGCAGAUGCUGGAGAUGUUUGAGAAGGAUGACACUGACAUGCAAAACCCUGGUGCGGACUUUGUCCCCAUAGCACAGUAUGAGACUAUUAGGAAAGAGUUUGAAGCCCUGCAAGAGCGAUUCUCUGAGGCUCGAAAGUCCAGUGGAGUCUCCAGUGAGGUGGAAGAACGUGAUGACAAGACAUCUGAGGCUGAAAGUUUAGAGAGUCCAGAGGCUCUGAAGGAGAAACUACAAGGCCUGCAGGGCCAGUUGGCCUCCUCCCUGUCAGAGCUAGAACAACUAAAGGAGCAAAUGCGUCUUGGGGUGUUCUCCGUUGAAUGUGGCGAAGGGGACACAACGGCAGCGGGGGCCAGUGAAGUUCCAAGCCCUGAGAACCAGCAGCUGAGGGCGAGGGUAGACGAGUUAGAGGAGGAGCUUACUCAAAAAGAUGCCAAAGCGGUGGCUCGGAACUCCGAGGACGCUGACAGAAUCAAACAGCUGACAGAUCAGGUCGAGCAACUCCAAACUGCUCUGGUCCAGAAAAAGUUUGCAAGUGAAGGCAGCUGGAGAAACUCAGCAGCAGGAGAUCAAACUGAAACUGUGAAAGUUGCGGGCGAGCUGGAGGCAAGCGUGGCAGAAGAAGGAAGCAAGUCAGAAGGACCGAAUGGAAUUCAUGUUCGUCAACUUCAGGAGCGUGUGGUGGAGCUCGAGGGCGAGUUGAAGAAGUGUGUGCCCCGUUCACACCUGGAAGAGGUGCAGGUCACGCUGGGCCUCCAGUGCGAACAGCUGGCCAGAGAGAGAGCGGAGGUGGCGAGGAGGCUCAAUGAUGCCCUCCUCCAAUUGGAGAGACUCAGGCCUCCUGCGAAUGACGAGGAUGAGGAAGAAGAGCACUCUGAAAGCUCGGAGCUCUCUGUUACAUCAGAACGCUCCAGACGUAUGCUGGCCUCCGUCCGUGAGGAGCUGGAAGUGGCUAGACAGGACGCAGCCCAGGCUCUCGACUGCUUGUGCGCCGAGCGAGAGAGCCGUGCCCACGAAGCCCUGCAACUGAAGGAUGUUGUUCCUCUGUCAAAGCACAAAGAAGCGCUGUCCGCCGUGUCGGAGCAGCUGGCACAAACCUUACAGGAGCUCCAACAGGAAAAAAUGCAGCGAACAGAGGCAGAAGAGCAGGUGGUCACACUUGAGGCCAAACUAGAGGCUAUGCAUGAGGCUGUACCGAAAGAGGAGCACGAGAAAGUCAAGACAGAGCUUCAGCGCUCCCUGCAGGCCAGCGAGAGCAGUGCAACAGCUGCUCAAGAGGCUCUGAGUGACAAGGAAACUGAGCUGAGGGAACUCAAGUCCCAAAAGGCCGCCCAGCAGGGCCUUAUCUCCAAGGAGGACCAUGAAGCCCUGCGGCUGUCUAUGCAGGCCGAGAUCAAUGCCAUGGCAGCCCGCCUUAACGACCUCACACGUAAACAUGAGAAGACCUGCACUGAGGUGUUCCAAGUGCAGAGGGAGGCUCUGUUUAACAAGAGCGAGCGACAAGUUGCGGAGACUCAGCUAGCUGCUGUGCAACAGCAGUUUCAGGAACUGGAGGCAAAGUCGAGUCACAUUCAGGAACUUCACACAAACAUCCAAGAGUCUCAAGGCCUGGUCAAGGAGAAGGACCGCAAGAUAACAGAGCUGUCAAAGGAGGUAUUCCGGUUAAAAGAGGCACUUGGAUCUCUGUCACCUCCUCUUGGCAUCACAUCCUCCAGCUCAAACACACAUCACGGGAACCCAGGACAGCAAAUGGCUCAACAGAACAGGAUCGCCAUUCUCAAUCAACAACUCCAGGAUUGGGAAAGAAAGCACAAGCAGGUGGUUUCUGUGUAUCGGUCACAUCUACUGGCAGCCGUGCAGGGUCGUAUGGAUGAAGAGGUGCAACGUCUUCUCCUCCAGAUCCACAGGAUGAGCCAACAGGGUCAAUGA